AUGUUACCAAUUGCGGGUGGUCCACAGAAUACUAAUCAUGAGAUGGGCGAUGCUAAUGAAGUUCAGGUUGAAUUUUCCAGAAACAAGAUACCAGAAACAUUGAUAAAAAACUUGCCAGUAGAUGGGAAGGUAAUAACUCAUGGUUAUGUCCAUGGUCAUAUUCAUAAACAUAAAGACCAUACCCAUAUACAUGGUCACAUCCAUAAUCAUGAUCACAGCACAGAUUUAAAUACACAGAUAAAUGAUAGGUCGAUUCAACCAAUUUCCAAAGAGUAUAAUCAACCCAAUUUCAACUUUUCAUGCCCUGAGUUGGACGACUUGGAUUUUUGCAAAGACGUGUUUUGUAAUGAUCUUGACGAUUGUUUUUAUUUGAGUUGUGGUGAUAGUAAGAAUUCUAACACUUGUGAUGUAAAUUGCUGUGAUUCUCGAGUUGACGAAAUUUGUUGUACCAAUGAUCAAUGUGUGGAACCAAACCUGGUGCAGCCACUGUCAUGUGAGAAAUCUGACCAUCUUGAGUGUUGUGCUGAUCCUCGCUGUGAAUCAUAUGAUAUCUGCCAUUCCAAUUUAGGGGAUCAAUCGAGUGUUUGUACAGAUCCUAACUGCUCGGAAAUUGAUACUUGUUGUUCGUCAUUGCCACAACCUACACUCCCUUCUCAUCUGGAAAAUAAUUUAUGUCAACCACAACUCUCAAAGAGACCGAUAUUUGAAGAUUUAAUUACAAACGUACAUUUGAGUUGUAAACAAACCCAAUCACAAAAAACCAACAAUGUUUAUCCUCCUAAGAAGAAAAUUAAAUGUGAGUCUGAUUUUGAUAUACAUUUCCCUCAUGAAUGCCAUCAAGAUUAUAAAAAACCAUCCACUACCACCACCACAAACCACCAGCUUCAUCAAUCAUGUUUCCAUACUACUAUACCUGAUAGGAAAAAUACAUCUUUAGAAUAUGAUGAGAAACUAAUGUCUGAUUUUGAUUUUGUCAUACAGUUUAAUAAUUUCAAUCAACUAUUAAAUACUGCACCAAAACACGAACCACAACAGGAGCAACCGAAUCAAUUUUCAAAGACCACAGAUUUCAACGAAGAGUCAACUACUAGACCCAUGCUGUAUUCAUGUCAAUGGGAAAAUUGUUUCAAAAGAUUGAAUAACAAUACAUUUCUUAAUCAUGUUAUCGAAGAUCAUUUAGAAAAAGAGGAAAUUGUUAAAACUGAGAACUCCAAUUAUCAAUGUGAAUGGAAUGAAUGUAAUUUUACUGAUAAUGAUUUUAAUUCUUUGAUAAAUCAUUUAAAAUCUCAUCAACCUUCCAACCAAAUAGAGACAUCUAGUGGCUCAUCACUAUUGAAUCACGUAACAAAUAACUAUGCCUUAACACCAUUAUCAUGUUCAAUAUCUAAUGAUGCUUCUCCUGUGGUUGCUUUACAAAGCCCACAGGCACCUGAUUUAAAUAUUACUUCAGUGAAAAUUGUCCCUAAAAGUAAAAAAAGUUGCAAACCAAAAGUGAAGAAAGAAGAGAAGGACGUGGAUUUAGAGUUUACUUGUAAUUGGCAAGUUGGUACUGAUGACAAUGGAGACCCACUUUAUUGUAAUAUAAAACAUCAAUCUCCUGGUGAAUUACAUAGUCAUUUACUUGAUGUCCAUAUAGGAUCAGGGAAACAUGAAUAUUAUUGUUGUUGGCGAGGUUGUGAACGUCAUAAUGGGAAAGUUUUCACACAAAAACAGAAACUAAUUCGUCAUAUUCAUAUCCAUACUAAUUUUAAACCUUGUAAAUGUGAUAUUUGUGGGGCAUCAUUUGCUGUAGAAUCGGUAUUGCAACAACAUUAUCGAGUUCAUUCAGGUGAGAAGCCAUUCAAAUGUCCUAUUUGUGAUAAAACAUUUGCCACUAGUUCUUCAUUAUCAAUCCAUACUAGAGUACAUACAGGAGAAAGACCGUUGGCUUGUAAAUGGCCCGGAUGCAAUAAACGGUUUAGUGAAAGUUCAAAUUUAGCUAAACAUAUGAAAAUCCAUACCAAGAAAUUUAAUUGUGAAAUAUGUGGGCAAUCGUUUGAUAAAAAGGCACUGUUUAAUCGACAUGUUUUAGAACAUUCAACUGAGAAAUAA